AUGCAACAGCCACCUAACGGACCACGCGCCAUUGGUAAGAAGUGGGUCUUCAAGAUCAAGCGUAAAGCGGAUGGAUCUAUAGAGAAGUACAAGGCACGACUUGUGGCCAAAGUAUUCCGCCAAAAGUACGGCAUCGACUACACGGAGACAUUUUCGCCUGUGAUCAAGUAUGUGACUCUGCGAAUGGUGGUCGCAAUUUCCAAGCAUUUUGGAUGGCCUAUCGACCAGCUUGAUGUGGUGACAGCUUUCCUGUAUGGCGUCAUGAAGGAACAAGUGUUCUGCGUGAUUCCUGAAGGCGUCGAACUUGACAGUACGUUCGACUGCCUGGAAUUGGUGAAGUCAAUUUACGGCAAUAAGCAAGCGUCGCGAGUGUGGAACGAGACGUUCGACGAGUAUGUGUGCUCCAUCGGAUUUCAAGUAUCGGACUUCGACCCAUGUCUCUACAUCAAGACUUCGGAUGGCCAUUGCGUGUUUAUACUGGUCUACGUGGACGACGUCUUGAUGACUGGAAGCUCGCUCGAGCUGAUUGCACAAACCAAGAACGACCUGAAGACGCGGUUCGAGAUGACGGACAGCGGCAAGUGUGCGUUUGUUCUUGGGAUCGAGCUUCUGGACGGUGAAGAUGGCAGUGUGACACUAUGUCAGCGUCGGUAUGUCGAUGAUAUCCUCAAGCGCUUUGGCAUGGAUGAUUGCAAGGCUGUGUCAAGUCCAGUGGACAUGAGCUCUCGACUUAUUUCAAGCAAUGCAGCUACCAAGGUCGAUGCUCCUUUUCGCAAAGCUGUUGGUGCGUUGAUGCACCUGACCACUGCAACGCGUCCGGACAUUGCGUUUGCUGUGGGCUAUGUGUUGCGGUUCAUGGAAAAUCCCCAAGAAGAACACUGGGUUGCAGUUAAGCGUAUCUUUCGCUACCUACAAGGCACCAAGACGCAUGGAAUUUGCUACAAGCCAAGUGCAAGGAUCGACUUCCGUGGAUAUUCGGAUGCGGAUUGGGCUGGUGAUCUUACCGACCGCAAGUCAACAUCGGGGUACACGUUCAUGCUACUCGGUGCGCCAGUGAGUUGGGGCAGCAAGAAGCAGCCAAGUGUUUCGUUGUCCACGACUGAAGCUGAAUACAUCGCACUCAGCUUGGCGAUUCAAGAGGGCAAGUGGAUUCAUCGUCUGUUUUGUGAGAUCGUGAUGGCUGCCAAUGAAGAAGGACCGGAACUCAUGAUUCAUGAAGACAAUCAGUCAUGUAUCAAGAUGACGAAGAACCCAGUCAACCACGGCCGUGCCAAGCACAUUGAUAUCAAGUACCAUCACAUCCGUGAUGAGGUCAAGCGCGGUGAAGUGAAGCUCAAGUACUGUGAAACUGCGGUGAUGUUAGCGGACAUCAUGACGAAGGGACUUCAUGGACCACGCCACAAGGAGAUGACGACGGCUCUCGGGAUUCGUGAGCAUUCGGAUUGA